AAACAUUUUUCGUUUGAAAGAUACAGUAACGAAAAUUUUAGUUUGGUUAGGAAGCAAUUUUUUUAUCGUCGCAUUGAAAAAAGGCUAUAUCAAUUCUGAGAAAAUUUGUUCCUAGAAAUUGUUAGCAAUAGUUUCUUACAUUUUAAACGACAUUAUUUCACGACGACUUUGCGCACAAUUCCUCCAAUUAGACGCACUAGUUUUUAGAGAAAAAAGGCUGUCAAGUUUCAUGUCACAUUAUUCGGGAGGUUGAAAUUCAACAUGUGGCAUUAAAUUCAACUUAUAAAGUCAAAUGUAUACUCAUGGUUGUUGCGCUGUUACUACAUGUGGCCCAACUAUGCAAUUUUUUCCAUGGAAGGCUACGCAAGGAAGAUAAAUUAUUGAAGAUGCUAUCUUUAGUUUAGUAGUUUAGAUUUUCAUUCAAAAGAUCCAAAGCACCUGUUUGACAUGAGUUUCUGUUUAUGAUAUUACCCCCGGAGGUAGAAAAGACCGGAGUCGCUGGCUAAGCAUCUAGCAAAAUGCCACGGGGGAUGUCAGAACAGCGAUGACAUCCGAUAGCUAGUUUUUUUCAAAAAGUCAAGGUUUUUUGAACGCUCCCGCACCGAGCCGCGUUCGAAAUUAUGUUCAGUAGAACUGCUACAGUUCUGAACGGAUGGUAGAUAGAUAAUAUCAGAGCAGACAUAGAUAGGAACAUAACUGCAAAAGAAUGCCUGAAAAGAAGAAGUGCCCACCAUUUUGUGGUCCAGACUGCUGCCUUCCUCACCAUAUAUUGAUUGUCAGGCUAGUUAAUAUAAGAGAAAAUGAGAAAAGAUCGAUAGAAAAGUUUAAGUCAACAUAUUUGAAGUUCCGUGAUAUUAUCCCACAAGAUGAACCGAUUCCUGACAAUCUCAGGGAAUAUGAGCACCCAUUGCUUCACUGGGCCAGUGUACUGGGUAAGGUUUCUGCUGUUGAAUAUCUGAUAAAAGAAGGCUAUGAACCAACAGUAAAAUCACCAGACAAAGGCCAAACAGCUCUGCAUCGUGUUGCAGUAUGCUUCAAUAUUGUGUACAGUAAACGGAAAAUAUCAGAGCAAUUUAAUAAGCUCAGAAGUUUGGUUGAUCUGCUUGCACCAGCCCUUUUUGUAAAGGAUGAUAAUGGAGACACACCACUUCACAUCUGUGCAAUUUGCAUAGCUGAGUAUCAGUCUCUUUCAUACAGAAUCCCAUUAGAGGUAAUGCUUGAAAAAAUUGUAGAGCUGGAAGAUAGAGGGUUGUCAAAGACGGAUGGAAUCAAUUUGAGAAACAGGGAAGGGAAAACGGUCUUGCACAUUCUUGCUGCAAGAAGACAAGAUCAGAAUUGUGCAGAUGAAUACAGGGUUCUUAUCAAAAAAUUACUAGACUUCGGAGCUGAUCCUGAAAUAAGAGACCACAGCGGAAAGUCAGCAAUGGAUAUUGCUGAGUUGAUGGACAAUGAUAUUAUGAUCACAGAAAUGGGCAAGUCUAGAGUAAAAAAAAGAAAAAGGGGCCCAGUGUCAGAAGGCAGUUUUACCACACAGAAACGUAUAUGCCAGGAGCAAUCUCAUAAAAACUUAAAACCUGUUGGUGAUCAAAACGUUGUAUCUAGUACAACCCAAUUUUGGGCAUCAAUAAAGAAACCAGAUGUAAAACCAUCUUUGGUCAAUGUCUCAAAUUUGGAUUCAAAUGAUCGUUUAUCAGAUGAGGCAUCUUCAAGCACAGUGGUUGGGCCUUUAGCAGAGUCAAAUAAUAGACAACCGCUGUCAACCCACCAAACAGUUUUUUCAGGUGCUACCCCAAAUGAAUCAAACCAACCAAAAGAAAAGCCAACCUUAGAAACCCUGUUGAAGAGGGUAGAUGAAAAAGAUGGCAUUAUCAUUGAGGCUGUUGAGAAGAAGAGAAAGGUUCUUGAAUCAGAUUGUUUAAAGAGUGAUGAGCGAAUGACAGAUUUAUCCCAAAAAAGACAGAGCUGUCAAAAAAGACGUGAUGGUAUCACCAUGGAGAUCAAGACUAAAUUGGAAGAACUCAAAACCUUGCAAAAUGAACAAGCUGCGUGUGAACAAGACUUGGAAGAAAUCGAAAAAAGAAUAAUUGAAGAAAACGAGGCAAGGAAAAAGAUAGCAGAAAACUUGUCAGAUUGUGAAGCUAUAGUUAGGUCUUUACGUGGUGUCUAAAUACAGUUCAGUUAAGUUGUUCAGCUCAUCAGUUUCAGAACAUUAUUCAUUGUUACAUAAGCCUGCUGUAAAUACUGAUAUUAAAGUUGAAAAAAGUUUAUAAAAGUCCUUAAAAACUUAUAACCUAUUGCCUGUUUUGCAAAUAAUAACCUAUGUUAUUAGGAUUGAGGCAGAAUAAUUUAUUUCUGUGCAUGAAAUACUGCAAUUACUCUCAUACAAAAAGCAAAGUAUUGCUUAUGUAUCUGUGCCAAAAGGUAAAAAAGUCUCAUACAUUUGUUUGAAACUGGAUAAUUUAAGGCUUUGUGUAGAUCUUCAAAAACCUUUGGUUGUAAAUUAAACUGUAUAUUAAAUAGUUGAGGAGGGUUUGGAAAAUACUUUGUAAUAUUUGAUUAACAUUUACAAUACAAUUCAUAUGCGACUUGUAAAUAACUUUUAAUUCAAUUGAUUGGCAGGCACCAAAGGAUUCUCUGAAUAAGACCUUAGGAUUCCAUUCAACCUUAAGUAAAGUUGAGUGGUUAAUACCUUAGUUAAACCCUUAGCACCACUGGUUGAAAGAUAGCAAAUUCCAAUAGAAAAAGGUCUCUCUUUUCAUUAUAAUUCAAACAUUGAAUUAUGGCUUCCUUUUGUGCCAUGCCUGAUUUAGAAAUAUGGAAAAGGCCUUCAGAUUACAUUAUGAAAAGGGCCUUAGCACAAUCAAUAUAGAAUUCGGUUUGAUAUUUAAUGUAUAUAAACAUAUCAUUCUCUGGAUGUUCUUUUCUGUUGAGAUGGUUCAAUUUUGUUUCCCUUUCUCCUGUGUUCCUGCUUUGUCAGAACUUUAUUGAAGAAAGCUGAAAAGUUUUUAUAUUGUCUUGUUUAAAAUAUUACACUACUAUUUAUAAUAAUAGGAUUAACUCCUCUUCGAUCCAAGUACAAAAGUGAUGAUGCUGCAUCAAUACAUAUGAAUGUUACUGAUGCACACUGUCACAUUCUUGCAAUAUUGCAAUAAAUCGGCAGCAUUUGCUUAGCUAAAUUUUCUUCCAUUGACAAAACAUGACCAAAAUUGUUUGUGCAUAAGACUGCUCAGUUUUCUGCAGCCUGUUUUUGGUCCUCUGAAUUUGUCACAUCAUUGCUCUUUGUCUCUUCCGGAUUCUUGCUUGUCACUUGAUUCACUGUAUUUUGGCUACUUGGUGAGCUGAAUGGAGCAGUGCCAGUC